UAUGUGCGCCAAAGUUGUCCACUUAAACUACUACUAGGCAGCAAACAUGAGCUGUAAUCUUAACUAGAACCUCUCAUUGAUUCAAGGCAAUCAAAAUAAUUUACUUCCACUUGCUUCAGAGCACAGUUCAUGCUUUAGAUUGCUCAUCCUGUUCUUGUUUUUGACCAAGGGUUGGGCAUCAACUGCUAGAACAAAUCUGACUUUUUCUUCUGGGCACUGCCACUGUCCACUGGUGUGUUUGGAUUUCUUUUGUGAUUUUCCUAUCCAUUUUUUAAAGAUUGGACCUGCUACUGUUUCCACGGUGCAAACUCUGGAUCAUUCUGUGUGCUUUGCUUCUUUAAUUUAUUAUUGAAAGUUUAAAUUGAUUUAAAGUAGCUGGAAUGGCUACUUUACCAGGAACAAUUCCUCGAAUGAUGCGACCAGCACCAGGCCAAAACUACCCUCGAACUGGAUUUCCCUUAGAAGUCUCAACGCCUCUGGGUCAAGGUCGAGUGAACCAGCUUGGUGGAGUUUUCAUCAAUGGAAGGCCACUGCCAAAUCAUAUUCGACACAAAAUAGUGGAAAUGGCCCAUCACGGCAUCCGACCCUGUGUGAUCUCAAGGCAGCUGCGGGUUUCACACGGCUGUGUGUCCAAAAUCCUCUGUCGGUACCAGGAGACCGGUUCCAUUCGCCCUGGAGCAAUAGGUGGAAGUAAACCCAAGCAAGUUGCAACACCCGACGUCGAAAAGAGGAUUGAGGAAUACAAACGCGAGAAUCCAGGAAUGUUCAGCUGGGAAAUCCGGGACAAGUUGCUGAAGGACGGGGUGUGUGAUAGAGGCACGGUUCCUUCAGGUGAGGCCUCUUCCGUAAGUUCCAUUAGUCGGGUUUUGAGGGCUCGUUUUGGCAAGAAAGAUGACGAUGAUGAUUGUGAUAAAAAGGAUGAAGAUGGAGAAAAAAAAACCAAACACAGCAUCGACGGGAUUCUCGGAGAUAAAGGUAAUCGCACAGAUGAAGGUUCAGACAUUGAGUCAGAGCCAGACCUACCCUUAAAGAGGAAACAGAGACGCAGCCGUACCACCUUCACGGCCGAACAGUUGGAGGAACUAGAGAAGGCCUUCGAGAGAACACACUAUCCCGACAUCUAUACCAGAGAAGAGCUGGCACAGAGGACCAAACUGACCGAGGCUCGUGUACAGGUGUGGUUUAGCAACCGAAGAGCCAGGUGGCGCAAACAAGCAGGAGCCAAUCAGCUCGCAGCAUUCAACCACUUGUUGCCUGGAGGAUUCCCGCCAACAGGAAUGCCAACCUUACCCACCUAUCAGCUUCCAGAAUCAACGUAUCCCAGCACUACUCUCUCACAAGAUGGCAGUGGUACGUUACACCGGCCACAACCUCUCCCACCUUCCUCCAUGCAUCAGGGUGGGCUCUCGGCUGACAGUAGCUCCGCCUACUGCCUCUCGUCCAAUCGCCACACCUUCUCCAGCUAUUCCGAAACUUUCAUGAGCCCGUCAGCUUCAGGCAACCACAUGAACCCCGUAAGCAACGGCCUCUCGCCACAGGUGAUGAGUAUUUUGAGUAAUCCCAGUGCGGUCCCCUCCCAGCCUCAGCACGAUUUCUCCAUCUCUCCUCUCCAUGGCAGCCUGGAGGCAUCUAACCCCAUCUCUGCAAGCUGCAGUCAGCGUUCAGACCCCAUCAAGAGUGUGGACAGUCUAGCCUCAUCCCAGUCUUACUGCCCCCCAACGUACAGUGCCACCAGCUACAGCAUGGACCCCGUCGCUGCUGGCUACCAGUACAGCCAGUAUGGCCAGACCGCUGUUGACUAUCUGGCCAAGAACGUGAGUCUGUCAACUCAGCGAAGGAUGAAGUUGGGCGAUCAUUCUGCGGUGCUGGGACUUCUUCAAGUGGAGACAGGACAGGCUUACUAAAUCUGCCCGAAUGCUUGGACGCCUGAUGUCCCAUCUAACAACUCCUUACACCAGAAGGAGAUUUUUAACGCAACAUACUCAACUGCGUUUCAACGUGCGUGUAGUCCAGAGAGCCAUUACUCUAAGAUUUUCGAGAAAAGAAACUCUUGCCAUUCCAGUGGAUGUGACCGACUGUCUUUGUGUAAUUUUGGGCUGGUUUUGCUUCUGAUUCAAAUUCGCAUAAGAGGACCAACGGCAUGUCAGCGGACACUGCAUACACUAAUGAUGCAUUCCGGGCCAUUUCCGAAAUGCACUUUCACCUUACUGUGCAUAGUUGUGUUUGAACCUCAUUGUCAUUAAAAUGGAUAAUCUCGCUGGUUUUCUGUUGAUAUUGUUAUUACGAUUGCCCUCACUGUUGUUGUAAUUAUUAAUAUUGUAACUACUGUUUCGUUUAAUUGUUUUGGAAUCCACACGUUGCAUUUUUUCUCAUUUGAAUCCUAAGUCUUUCUGAAAUGCUCGCGGUGGGCAAAGACAGGGUUUGUGUGUGUGUGUGUGUGUGUGUGUGUGUGUGUGUGUGUGUGUGUGUGUGUGUGUGUGUGUGUGUUGAAAGUGUGACUGCUGGUUUUUCACUUUCUAUACCCCUAGAGCCAUAAUGUUCCUGAGCGAUUUGACCUUCACUGCCAUCAUAUUUCACUUGACAUUCCAUAAGAACAUUGCCACUCUGUGGGAAGUCUAGCUUUGGACAUUCUGAUGGGAAUUAGUACUGCUUUUUGGAGGAAUUUUUUUUUCUCCCUUUUUCCUAAAAUUACGCUAUGUCCUUAGUGAUCAUCUUGGGGGGGAAGCAAUCGCCAUUGUUUGGAAAAGAGGAUUUGGACAAAAGCUGUGAAUUAAUUUUUUUUCUUUAAAGGGAGGAGCAAGACAUUGCGCCCAAUCUAGAUGAAAAAAAACAAUGAAGCCACAAUAUCAGUAUUUUGUCUUGUUUUCCAGUAAACAUAUCUCAACAUCCUUAAAAGCUUGAAGUCCUGUUUUCAGAGAAAUAAAAAAAAUAAAAUGUAAAGGCUAUACUUAAGGCAAGAAAAACUAAUCUUUUUCAUGCAUUUCACCAAAUUUUGUUAGAUUUCUUUUAAAACAAUGCAUACCGUCUUAUGCCAUUUUGUAAGUAAAGUAAAUCUUGUUUUAAGUAUGUUGUCUUGGAAGACAAAAAUACUGAGCUGGAAACUGAUUUUUGGCUGAUAGUAAACAUUCCUCAUAGACUAUACAUCUUUGAUUAAAUAAGUGAUUUUUAGACCAAGUAUAAAUUUCAACAUUCCUUACAGUUCAGCUCAUGAAUGGAUUACAGGCCCACAAGCUGUGAUAUUCAUAUGCACACUGAGCAAUCAAAUAUUCAUUUCAGGAAGUAACGGGCACCUCAAACUCAUUCAUGCAUUCUCUUUCUCUGUUUUUCUAAUUCUCUCUCCGUUUUUGUAACAAAAGUUUACAAAAACAUACAUUAUCAGGGCUCCUGUAAUUUAAGAAUUCAUGCAUUCAAAUGUAAGUGCAAAAUAAGUAGUGAAUUUUCGACAUUUACGUAGCACUCACAGGUGACGUUUUGAAACAAACAUGGAAUUGUACAGUAGAUAAAGCAGAUAGUUUAUUGUUUGUUUAUAAAGAAUAUGUUUUAUACUAAAACAAAAAAGGUGUUGAUUGGUAGAUGACACAGGGGAUAUGUGUAAGUCUAAUAUUGUAAUUUUGUGUUUAUAUAUACUGCUUUCAUUUCUUUACUUUUUAAUAGUUAUUAUGUAUAAUUUUUCGUAGGAUUCAAAGUGUAUGUAAAAACUUCUCGAUACAAAUUACAUAAGUAAAAUUGUAUGGAAGGUGAAUCAUAUUGUUUAUGAUUCCCACUAAUUUCAAAUUUGCUGAUGUCAGGUGAUAAUUUUGGAUAUAUGCUUAAGGAAGAGCACGUAUAUGGAUCCACAAUUAAGAUGCUUGUCAAUAACAUUUAAUAUUGACAUUCAAACCAUUAAAAAACAGAGACUUUUCAUUUAUUUGACUGAUGGAGAAUAUAACAGACUGUGUGAAUACACUGCAGUUUUUGGUGCUAAAUGACUGCUUCUAACUCAAAGAAUUCCUCGGAAUGCAUCUUGAAAUGGAAUUCUUAUUGGUGUGUUCUUGGAUGUGUGUAUGACGAAGAGAAAUCUUAAAGGAACCACGUGACCCGAACCCCGCCUCCUUCCCUUUCAACUGUCUAUAAUCUUAUAAAACCACCACAAAUGAGGAAUGAAAUUUAAACUGCUUCUAGUAUAGAACACCCAUGGCUAACACCUUUGUUAAUCUACAUUUGGAAAUCAAAAGUAUAUUACCCAUCAUGCCUUUCUGGGACAUCAAAAUGGGCACAUGAUUUCGUUAGCAUUUGUGUUUAUGCUUUACUCCAUUUCCUUUCAGCAUGUGUGUACGUUACCAUGGUAUAAUUUAUUCUGCUGUAUGAAGUUGUAGCUUUAGUGGGAACCUUGUAUUUGAUAUUUACUACCUUCAGCCUGUUGGUGUCUUUACUG